AUGAACCUGGGAAGAUGUUCCAUCACCCGAGCCGAAAUUUGGGGGGCACUGAAGGGCCUCGAGCUAGCUUGGGAGGCUGGGCAUCGCCAGGUGGAGUUACAGCUUGACUCCAAGAUGGCGAUAGCACUGCUCCUAGACACUGGUCAGCACUGUCACCAGCACGCCAAUCUCACCAUUCGUUUUCAGGACCUGCUUCGUCGAGAUUGGACAGUUCGAGUCACACAUAUAUAUAGAGAGGCCAACUUUUUGUCUGAUUGUCUAGCUCACAAGGGACAUCUGUUGUAUCCUGGAACUCAUAUGAUUGAUGUAUCGGACCCGGAUGUUUGUCGGUGGGCCCUUUUUGACUCUGUUGGUGGUUUUACCAUUCGGUCGAUUGUUGAAUAA